GUCUACACCAUCAGCAACCAGAGGGGCUUCAGUCCGCCGAUGCGAGAGAGAUCUCCGACGCAGGAGAUGAACGACUUCUUCUUCCCCAUGAAGCACCACGGCGCCGGCGCCGGAACCUUGUCGCCCAGCUCGUCUGGACAUCUUGUGCACCAGAACGCCCUAUCAGCAAACACCUACAGUUUCGGAAAUCAGUCGAGCCAGCAGCUGACUGGUCUGCUGCCGGCCGGAGGGCACCACACAGCCGAGCCCGCCGGCUCCCAGAUGUUCCCCAGCAUGUCCGUCAACGUCAGCAUGAACAUGAACAUCGGCGUGUCGUCCGGAUACCAGCUGCCGGACGAGUCCUUCGCGCACCAGCUGCCGUGGAGUGGCAGUCCGCCCCAGUACCCGUCCGGCAUGUUCAGCCCCCAGCCGCCCCUAGUCAGCCCUCUCUCCAUGUCGGCCAGUUCGUCGGCCGUGCCGUACAGCACGUCGGCCAGCUACGCCUUCACGGCCGACCUGCGGCCGGAGGCCAGCUGGACCCAUGCCGAGCGUAGCCAGCAGCUGGCCGCCUCCUUCCGCAGUCUGCGGCGCGUCGACGGCGCCAGCUACGGCUCCCACCUGGACGAGUCGCUGCUGUACGUCUGCAAGACCGAGUCGCCGGCGCUCGGCCAGCUCGACAAGACCAAUAUCUGCAGGGUAUGCGGUAAGGCCUACGCUCGACCCAGCACGCUCAAGACCCACAUGCGCACCCACAGCGGCGAGAGGCCCUACAAAUGCCAUGAGUGCAACAAGUCAUUCUCACAGGCGGCGAACCUGACGGCGCACGUGCGGACCCACUCUGGCGAGAAACCGUUCUGCUGUCCGAUCUGCGACAGACGCUUCAGCCAGUCCUCGUCCGUCACCACCCACAUGAGGACUCACUCUGGGGACAGGCCGUACAGAUGUCGCCUCUGCAAGAAGUCGUUUAGCGACUCGUCAACGCUCACCAAGCACAUGCGGAUACAUAGCGGCGAGAAGCCGUACCAGUGCCGCAUCUGCAUGCUGCGCUUCUCGCAGUCGGGCAACCUGAACCGGCACAUGCGCGUGCACGCGUCCAGCGUCUGUUGACGGCGAG